AUGCUUGGCUCUUACCCCUCCAGUCAUGAUGGCUGUGAUUUCUCGGUGAGUCAACGUGCUGCUGUUGCUGUUGCUGUUGCUGUUGCUGUUGCUGUUGCUGUUGCUGUUGCUGUUGCUGUUGCUGUUGCUGUUGCUGUUGCUGUUGCUGUUGCUGUUGCUGUUGCUGUUGCUGUUGCUGUUGCUGUUGCUGUUGCUGUUGCUGUUGCUGUUGCUGUUGCUGUUGCUGUUGCUGUUGCUGUUGCUGUUGCUGUUGCUGUUGCUGUUGCUGUUGCUGUUGCUGUUGCUGUUGCUGUUGCUGUUGCUGUUGCUGUUGCUGUUGCUGUUGCUGUUGCUGUUGCUGUUGCUGUUGCUGUUGCUGUUGCUGUUGCUGUUGCUGUUGCUGUUGCUGUUGCUGUUGCUGUUGCUGUUGCUGUUGCUGUUGCUGUUGCUGUUGCUGUUGCUGUUGCUGUUGCUGUUGCUGUUGCUGUUGCUGUUGCUGUUGCUGUUGCUGUUGCUGUUGCUGUUGCUGUUGCUGUUGCUGUUGCUGUUGCUGUUGCUGUUGCUGUUGCUGUUGCUGUUGCUGUUGCUGUUGCUGUUGCUGUUGCUGUUGCUGCACAUGAAUGGAGACGACUGCUGGCUGUGGCUUGGGCCUUUGGGGUUUGGUCUACCGGCCCUCCAAAAAUGAUGGCGAUAGCGAUAUGGAGGUGUGGCAUAUACCCGUCUUUGCAGAUACGAUUCUGGCUUUUGGGUUGCAGUAGCAGUUCAGAAACACUGUAUUUCCCCUGCGACCCAUUAACAGUACGUGACAAGGUGUCGGGUUUGGACUCGGUUCUUCUGGCCCGAUUAGCGAUUAUCUGA